AUGACUGCUACCAACGGUACCAACGGCGCUGCCCACUACAACCAGGGUAACUUCCUGUUCACCUCCGAGUCCGUCGGCGAGGGUCACCCCGACAAGAUUGCCGAUCAGAUUUCCGAUGCUGUCCUCGACGCCUGCUUGGCUGAGGACCCCCUCUCCAAGGUUGCUUGCGAGACUGCCACCAAGACCGGCAUGGUCAUGAUCUUUGGUGAGAUCACUACCAAGGCCAAGAUUGACUACCAAAAGGUCGUCCGUGAUGCCGUCAAGGAUAUUGGCUACGAUGACUCCUCCAAGGGCUUUGACUACAAGACCCUGAACCUGCUCGUCGCCAUUGAGCAGCAGUCCCCUGAUAUUGCCCAGGGUCUCCACUACGAGGAAGCUCUCGAGCGCCUCGGUGCCGGUGACCAGGGCAUCAUGUUCGGUUAUGCCACCGAUGAGACCCCCGAGCUCUUCCCUCUUACCCUCCAGCUCGCCCACAAGCUCAACGCUGCCAUGUCCGCCGCCCGCCGCGACGGCACCCUCCCCUGGCUCCGCCCCGACACCAAGACCCAGGUCACCGUCGAGUACAAGCACGACAACGGUGCCGUUGUCCCCGUCCGCGUCGACACCGUCGUCAUCUCUGCUCAGCACUCUGAGGAUAUCACCACUGAGCAGCUCCGCAAGGAGAUCCUCGAGAAGAUCAUCAAGGCUACCAUCCCCGCUAAGUACCUUGAUGACAAGACCGUCUACCACAUCCAGCCCUCUGGUCUCUUCAUCAUCGGUGGUCCCCAGGGUGACGCCGGUCUGACUGGCCGCAAGAUCAUCGUCGACACCUACGGUGGUUGGGGUGCCCACGGUGGUGGUGCUUUCUCCGGCAAGGACUUCUCCAAGGUCGACCGCUCCGCUGCUUACGUUGGCCGCUGGAUCGCCAAGUCCCUGGUCAAUGCCGGCCUUGCCCGCCGUGCUCUCGUCCAGCUCUCCUACGCCAUUGGUGUUGCCGAGCCCCUCUCCAUCUAUGUCGACACCUACGGCACCUCUGACAAGACCUCGGACCAGCUCGUCGAGAUCAUCCGCGCCAACUUUGACCUCCGCCCCGGUGUCAUUGUGCGCGAGCUCAACCUGGACCGCCCCAUCUACCGCCAGACUGCCAAGAACGGUCACUUUGGUACCAACCAGAGCUUCACCUGGGAGCAGCCCAAGACGCUCAAGUUCUAA